AUGGUGGAGAAGCCAUGGAAGGUCAGUGGUCGCAUGGUUGGUGAAGCUCCUGCGAAGGAUUCUACCGUCUAUCCGAGAUGGCCUGAGCCCAAAGUUGUGACCAUUUGUAAAAAGAGUGAAGAAAAGAAUGAAGGCCUUGUAGGAAACUAUCAAGUCAUUGGUGUGGUAAAGGUUGAUCAAUUAAUUAGAGAAGCUAAUCCUAGUGAAUUAGCAAGGUUGAUUAAAAAUGAGAUCAUCAACGAGCGAUUAAAGAUCGAUGAAGCCAUCGAGAAAGAUCAUGGAGUAUCAGAUGUGGAUGUUUACGGAGCAAAUUUGACUUUCGUGAACGUGGAAGGUGCUGAUCUCUAUGGAUUCGACUGGAACGGACACAAACCGACAAAUGUAAGUUACCUAAUCGAUGGAGUUGGCGAUGCAGGGACUUUCGUGGUGCUUCCGGCUGGGACAAAUGAUUCUAACAAGGAUGGUGAUGAUGGAAGGAUUGUGACCAUGACUUUGUCAGAGGAUGAGAUAAUGAAGUUGAAACUUGAGCUAAACAAAGAAUGGUCUAUUGCUUGA